AUGUACGAGGACAACGAGCAGAACGAGGCCAGCCCCACGGAGAGCGCACACCCGGCCUGCAGGACGAUUUUUACUGUGAGAUCUCCACCCGGUGGGUUGGAGCCGCGGAGCCGAGCACAGCACCGGCACCACCCCACAGCCGGGCCGGGNCUCACGUUCCUAUUGGUCGGCUGUCGGCCCGCUGUGCCCGCCCCUCCCGGCACGCAGCCAAUAGGAGUGGAGCCCUCCAUCCUCGCUUCCCUUCCCCCUCGGCGCCGCCGGGGGCGGUGCUGCCGCUGUUUUCCUUGGAGCAAAGGACGGCGGUGCGGGGGCAGGGAAGAGGCGGAGUGUCCCGGCGCCCGGGGCUGGCGGGCCCCAGGGGCAGCUGGAAGCAUCUGGACUGCGUGGGCAGGGCUCGCGGGCUGGUCUGUGCCGGUCCCGUCCGCCCGCCGGCGGAGCGGGCCCGCCCUAUCCGUACGUGUCGGUGGCUGUGGCGCAGCAAGCCGGGCCGGGGAGGCAUGGGGCGUGGCUAAAGUGUGCCGCAUGCCGAAGAAAUGUUGGAAAAUAAAUCCCAGCUCCAUGCCGGCUGCUCGGAGGUGGCGCCUCCUGUCUCGUUGUAGUCGCCCUUAGUCCUGCUUUCUUCAUGGAUUGCUGUGUUCCGCUCGUUCUGCCUUGGUGCCUGUGGUGCCACGGGUCCGACGCUCAGGCCCCUCGCUGGAAUUCAGUCUAUAUGAGCUCUCUUUCCUUGCAACUUACUUUCAGAGGGAAGAAAUGAGACUGAAACUUCUGCACCUUCAGACGAGAUCUUUCCACACUUUAACAGCAAUACGUCAAUGCCAAAGCUUUAACAAAACUGGAUGUCUACUAUUAAAGCCGGAUAAUGAAGUUGAAAGAGCGGCUCACAGAACAGCAAAGUCUUGCAAUUUGUAUGCACUGAAACCUGUGUUCCCGUGGUUGACAAGUCAGUAUGUGCAAGUCAGGAAUUGGCAUUUUCUCCAAGGAUUUCUGUCCACUUUGGAAAGAAAUACUUAUUAUCACAGUGGGGAGGGUUUUUUCUCAUCCUGGAGACGUUUGGGUGUGGCGAUGAUGGAAAACUACAGGCUCAAUAGAGAGUGGAUCAUAAAGCUUAGGAACACAUCAUCAAGAUUUUAUGCAGUUGUAUCAGCUGGUAAAAUUGUCCCCAAACCCAAUAACCAGCCAGUUAAGAGGCCACCAAAGGCACCGAGGACCAAGCAGCCAUCCAGAACGAACCUGCCGCUCUCAGACAUGAAGAAUCUGAUGCAGUGCACAGCCUUUGCAACAGCAGAUGAAUAUCAUCUUGGUAAUCUCUGUCAUGACCUGACUUCACAUGGAUAUGUUGAAAUAACAAGUUUGCCUAGAGAUGCUGCAAAUGUUUUGGUGGUCAGUACUGAGAAAUCUGCAAAAGAUGAUGAUCCUGGCAUUAUUUUUUUCUUCAGGGAAGGGGCUGUUGUAUUUUGGAAUGUGGAAGAGAAAAGUAUGAAGAAUAUCAUGCGAGUGCUAGAGCAGCAUGAAAUUCAGCCAUAUGAAGUUGCAUUGGUCCAUUGGGAGAAUGAAGAGCUGAAUUAUAGAAUAGGAGAAGGUCAGUCAAAGCUCCAUAAAGGACAAAUCUUGUUAAAUUCUGAGUUGGAUAGUGAUGAAGUUCUUCUGCAGAAAUUUGCCUUUUCAAAUGCUCUUUGUCUUUCUGUAAAGCUGGCUAUUUGGGAAUCAUUACUGGAUAAUUUUGUGGAAUCUAUCCAAUCAAUUCCUGAGAUUCUAAAGUCACGAAGGAAGAUAAAACUCUCUCAUGCAGAUGUGAUGCAGAAAAUUGGAGAACUCUUUGCACUAAGACACCGUAUAAAUCUGAGCUCAGACCUGCUAAUAACACCGGACUUCUACUGGGACAGAGAAAAACUGGAAGAGCUUUAUGACAAGACUUGCCAGUUUCUCAACAUUAAUCGCAGAGUUAAGGUAAUGAAUGAAAAGCUCCAGCACUGCAUGGAGCUGACAGACCUAAUGCGAAAUCACCUGAAUGAAAAGCACGCGCUGCGUCUUGAGUGGAUGAUAGUAAUACUAAUCACCAUAGAGGUUCUGUUUGAACUUGCAAGGGUAAUUUUCUGAUGACAGAACUCAGGAAGAAGAAAACAGACAAAACAAUAGAGAACACAAGACCUGGAAAAUUCCAGUCAUACACUUCUGGAGAAUCAUGAAAUUGUGUAUCUUAAUAGAUCUUUAAAUAUUCUACUCAAAUAAAAAAAAAUUAAAAAUCA